AUGUCUCCACUCUCCGGUAAAGUUGCCCUCGUCACUGGUGCAUCUCGAGGCAUCGGACGCGCAACGGCUCUCGCCCUCGCCAAGGAUGGCGCCAACGUCGUCGUGAACUAUGUCUCCUCCGCUGCAGCCGCAGAUGAAGUCGUAUCCGAGAUCGGGUCUGACCAAGCAAUCGCCGUCCAAGCGGAUGUAUCCAAGCGCGAAGACAUCACGCGCUUGAUCAAGACGACAGUCGACCGAUUCGGCAAAAUCGAUAUCCUCGUCCUCAAUGCAGGCCUGCUCUGGCAAAAGGGGGAUCUGCUCAGUAUCACCGAGGAAGACUUCGACAAACUGUUCGCUGCGAAUGUGCGCAGUCCCUUGUUCACCGUGCAGGAGGCUGUUCCGCAUCUCGCGGAUGGUGGGCGGGUGAUGCUCUUCUCGACGUCGUUGGCGGCGUUCAGCGGUGUUACCCCAAAUUAUCUUCUUUAUACAGCGAGUAAGGGGGCGAUCGAGCAGAUCACGCGUGUCCUGGCAAAGGAUCUGGGGAGAAGGGGGAUCACCGUGAACACCAUUGCGCCCGGGCCUAUUGGGACCGACGCAUAUUUUGUGGGGAAGACGGAGCAGAUGGUGCAGCUUCAGAGUAACCUGGCCCCUAUGGGACGACUGGGGAAGCCAGAGGAAGUUGCGAAUGUUGUCUGUUUCAUUGCCAGCGAUCAGAGCCAGUGGGUGAAUGGACAGACGAUCAGGAUCAAUGGUGGGAUGACGGUGGGCUGA